UUUAUAGUGAAAAAAGCUAUAAUUCAAACGCACUCUUUUGCUGAAAAAUAAUAGCAUACUGUGAAAAAACAUGACUUUUAAUUUUUAAACUAUUGUAGCUGUUAAAAUAGCAAGAAUGACUUCCAAGUCAUUCUUGUAAUUUUAACAAUGAUUUGCAAGACGAUCCCAGUGACCGUUCCGUCAACUGGCUCCUUCCCCCAUUGUUGCACUUUAUUGUUUACAUUCUCUCAGAUGCAUUUCAUGUUCUUCAUCUUCAUACUUUUCAGUUGCCACAUUCCCUUAAGAGAAAUCACUCGCUACGAUCAGUUCAGUUCAUUUCAGCCCAUCGCUCCUCAGCUUUAAACAAUCUACCACCUCACAUUUAUCUGUUUUCUCACAUUUCAGUGAUGCUGUCACCGGGGAGUCCUUCCAAAUGGCAAGUGCGAGAUUCCCUCUCCUUGACCCCCAGUCUCCUCUACAGCGAGAGUGACCAGACGGAGGAUGAAUCGGAGGUCUUCUCCUCUGAGAGUGAGGCUGCAGGAGUUGUGCCUGGUCCAAAGCCAUGCUCCUUGGCCAAUGGGAGCUCUCAUAAUUCAAAAUUGCCUCACACCCUUGUGAACCAGUGGAGUGGUAGAGCUGAAAAUGUUCAAACUGGAUGUUCCUCAGCGUCUCCAGCCUACACCGGUCAGACCUCAACAUCAGUUGAAAGGAUUCCCACAGAGGGGGACCGGAGGUUUGCACGCAAAUGUGCAGAGAUGCAUGGGUACAUCAGACCCCUGUUGGAGCUGUUGAAGGGGCUGAAAACAGGUCGAUAUGAUAAAGGUAAUGCACAAAAAAAUGUCAUAUAA